GAAAGGAGACUGAGAAAGCCAAAGAUCGGUGUGAUAAAGCCACUAUGAAACUUCAUAUAUUGCAUAAUCAAUAUGUAUUGGCGCUGAAAGGAGCACAGUUACAUCAGCACCAAUAUUAUGACGCUGCACUUCCUCUGUUACUUAAUUCACUACAGAAGAUGGAAGAAGAAAUGAUUAAAGCCCUAAAAGGAAUCUUGGAUGAAUAUAGCCAGAUCACCAGUCUUGUAACAGAAGAGAUUGUGAAUGUCCAUAAAGAGAUCCAGACCUCUGUUGAACGGAUAGACCCUAACUCUGAGUAUAAUGACUUCAUAGAUACUCAUAGGUCAUCAGAAGUGGUUGAACAAGCAAUAGAGUUUGAUAUGUCUUUACUAGAAGAAAAUGAAAACCUUCAAGCUAAUGAGAUCAUGUGGAAUAAUCUAACAGCAGAAAGUUUACAAGUCACGUUAAAAACAGUAAUAGAAGAAUUGAUUCAGACACAGCAGACACUUUUGAGCAAAGAGAAACUUGUGUUGGAACUAGAGAAAAAAUUAGAGGAGUCCUCUAAGACUUGUGAAAAAACGUCGGAUAUUGUACUCUUGCUGAGCCAAAAGCAUGCACUGGAAGAACUGAAGCAAACAGUUCAGCAAUUAAGAUGCUCUGAGGCAAAAUUUGCAGCUCAGAAAGAACUACUGGAACAAAAGGUUCAAGAAAAUGAUGGGAAAGAGCCACCACCUGUAGUGAAUUAUGAAGAAGAUGCCAGAUCAGUCACUUCUAUGGACAAGAAAGACAAAGUCUCAAGGUUGGACACUAUACGUCACUCCAUAGCCGGAAUUAUAAGAUCUCCAAAAUCCAUGUUGGGCUCAUCGUCAUUCUUUGAUGUAAUAUCAACUACUGAGAAACCAUUGGCAGAGCAAGACUGGUAUCAUGGUGCAAUUCCAAGAAUAGAAGCCCAGGAGCUGUUAAAACAGCAAGGAGACUUCUUGGUGCGAGAGAGCCACGGGAAACCUGGUGAAUAUGUCCUUUCUGUGUUUUCAGAUGGACAACGGAGACACUUUAUCAUACAAUAUGCUGAUAAUCAGUAUCGUUUUGAAGGAACUGGGUUUCCAACUAUUCCUCAGCUCAUAGACCAUCAUUACACAACAAAGCAAAUUAUUACAAAGAAAUCAGGUGUUGUUCUGCUGAAUCCUGUUGUUAAGGACAAGAAAUGGGCUCUCAAUCAUGAAGAUGUCACACUGGGAGAAUUAUUGGGCAAAGGUAAUUUUGGUGAGGUAUAUAAAGGAACAUUAAAGGAUAAGACUCCUGUUGCUGUAAAAACUUGUAAAGAAGAUCUUCCUCAGGAACUGAAAAUAAAAUUUCUGUCAGAAGCCAGAAUACUCAAACAGUAUGAUCAUCCUAAUAUUGUAAAACUCAUAGGAGUUUGCACACAACGACAACCUAUUUAUAUUGUUAUGGAACUUGUUUCAGGAGGAGAUUUCCUGUCCUUUUUAAGAAAAAAGAAGGAUGAGCUAAAAACCAAACAGUUAGUGAAAUUUUCAUUAGAUGCUGCUUCUGGUAUGGCAUAUCUUGAAUCUAAAAAUUGUAUACACAGAGACCUGGCUGCAAGGAACUGCUUGGUAGAUGAAAACAACAUUUUGAAAAUAAGUGAUUUUGGAAUGUCUCGUCAAGAGGAUGAUGGAGUUUAUUCAUCAUCAGGCUUAAAGCAGAUUCCUAUCAAGUGGACUGCUCCAGAAGCUCUCAACUAUGGGAGAUACACAUCUGAGAGUGAUGUAUGGAGCUUUGGAAUCCUUUUGUGGGAGACUUUCAGUUUAGGAGUAUGCCCUUACCCUGGAAUGACGAACCAACAAGCACGAGAACAAGUGGAGAAAGGAUACCGAAUGUCAGCACCGCAAAAAUGUCCAGAAGAAAUAUAUAAAAUAAUGCAGAGGUGCUGGGCCUACAAACCUGAAAACCGGCCAAAAUUCAGUGAGAUUCAGAAAGAGCUGUCUUCAAUCAAAAAGAAAGUGACAUAG